AUGGUGCAUACUGAUCUUAAACCCUAUGAGUGCCCAGAAUGUGGGAAAAGAUUCAGUUAUCAUGGAACAAUGAAGAGACAUAGAAUGGUGCAUACGGAGGAUAAACCUCAUGAAUGUCCAGAGUGUGGUAAAAGAUUUUACCAGCUGGGAGAUAUGAAGACUCAUAGAAUGAUGCAUACAGGUGAUAAACCGCACGAAUGUCCAGAAUGUGGGAGAAAAUUCAGUCGUCGUGGACAUAUGGAGACUCACAGACUGGUACACACAGGUGAUAAAUCUUAUGAGUGUCCCGAGUGUGGGAAAAGAUACAGUCGGCUUGAACAUAUGAAAACUCAUAGGAUGGUACAUACAGGUGAUAAACCUCAUGAAUGUCCCUUGUGUGAGAAAAGGUUCAGUCGCCUUGGAGAUAUGAAAAGGCACAUUAUGGUGCAUACGGGGGAUAAGCCUCAUGAGUGUCCAGAGUGUGGUAAAAGAUUUAUUCAGAUUGGAGAUAUGAAGAAUCACAUGAAGGUACAUACGGGUGCUAAGCCAUUUGAGUGUGCCGAGUGUGCAAGAAAAUUUAGUAAGCGUAGCAGUAUAAUAAGACACAUGUUAGUACAUAGGCCAUUAGAGGAUGAACCUUGCGAAUGUCCUGAGUGUGGGAUAACAUUCGGUGGCCUAAAACAUAUGAAGUCUCAUCACAGAAAGGUGCAUGUGGAUGCUAGCCUAAAACUUUCGAGUGUACGAAAAUAUUAA